GGCAGGAGCCCACUGCUUCAGAUCCAGCAGCAGCGCCGACAAUGACGCGUGUGGAAGAUGGUCAAAAAAAGAGCUCCCUGCCUUAAACCAGACAUCUGAGGCGAGCAGUGGCCGCACUGGGAACCGCUCUGCUUCACCGACUGUGCAUUUUUUUUCCACUGUGGAGAGUCGGAUACACAGAAAACCAUUCCGCAAGCUAUUUUGCAUGCAGUCCACAGGGCGCAUGAAGUCUGGGAUAUAAUUUUCCACCGUGCUCAGUACGUCCAGCGUCCUUGCAAUGUGUGCACUGCUAGUUUUCAUCUAAAGGAGGUGUGGCGGUUUUACUUUCUGCCUGAGAAAUGCCUACAUAUCAUUUUUUUUCAACAUCCAUGUUUCUCUUUGAGAUGUUUUGAGCGCCAAGGGGGCUGAGAGCGCCUGGUGUCGUAGGGGCGGCUGGUGGGGUUUGUUCCCUGCGCAGACAAACGGCUGAUAGUCUCUGCGCUACCGCUCGUCUCGUCUGAUCCACAACAACACGACAGAGAGACAGACAGACAGACAGUCCAGGGUUGAGGGAGGCGGGGAGGAUUCUGGGGUGGAAAUCUGGAAAUAUACGGCAGUAAAAUGACGAUGUCCGUCCCGGAGAGAAAAUCAGGAUCGGAGGGGAAGGAAGAGGAGAGCGAGGAUGAGAGUGAAAUCCUGGAGGAGAGCCCGUGCGGCCGCUGGCAGAAACGGAAAGAGCAGGUGAGCCAAGGUAAUGUCCCGGGUGUGGAAAGUGCCUCUCUGGCCAUGGACACAGAGGAGGGCGUGGAGGUGGUGUGGAACGAAGUGCUCUUCUCUGACAAGAAGGUCUUCAAAGCACAGGAGGAGAAGAUCAAGGAGAUGUUUGAGAACCUGAUGCAGGUCGAACACCCCAACAUUGUGAAGUUUCACAAGUACUGGCUGGACAUGAAAGAGAGUCAGGCUCGGGUUAUAUUCAUUACAGAAUACAUGUCGUCGGGCAGCCUCAAGCAGUUUCUGAAGAAAACUAAGAAGAACCACAAGACCAUGAAUGUGAAGGCCUGGAAAAGAUGGUGUACCCAGAUUCUCUCUGCCCUCAGUUAUUUGCACUCUUGCGACCCACCAAUAAUCCAUGGCAACCUGACAUGCGACACCAUUUUCAUUCAGCACAACGGCCUCAUCAAGAUCGGCUCAGUGUGGCAUCGGCUAUUUGUUAAUGUGUUUCCAGAUGCCAGUGUCCAGGGGAAAGGGAGGCAACAUCGCGAUGAGCAGAGGAAUCUUCAUUUCUUUGCUCCAGAAUAUGGAGCUGGCGAAGAUGAUUACAGCAUAGACAUUUUCUCCUUUGGCAUCUGUGCUCUAGAGAUGGCAGUAUUAGAAAUCCAGGCCAAUGGAGAUAGCGCUGUGUCCAAGGAGGCCAUCGCCAAUGCAGGUCAAUCUCUGGAAGACCCUCUCAUGAGAGAGUUCACCCAGUCAUGUUUGCGUCUCGAAGCCAAGCUCCGUCCUACGGCUCACGACCUUCUGUUCCACCGAGUCUUGUUCGAGGUCCACUCCCUCAAACUGCUCGCCGCCCACUGCCUCAUCAACAACCAGUAUUUGCUUCCAGAAAACUGUGUGGAGGAGAAAACCAAGUCCUUUGACCCCAAUGCUGUCAUGGCAGAGAUUAAACAUGAAGACAGACAGGGAGUUCAGCUCAAAUACUCCCACGUGUCGCCUCUGGAACUCGAUAAGUUUCUAGAAGAUGUCAAGAAUGGGAUUUACCCCUUGAUGAACUUUGCCUCGUCCCGGCCUCAUCCCGUCCCCCGAGCCCUGUCCUUGUCACAGGAGCAGGUUGAAACAGUCAAGACGCCGACUCCUGAACCCCAAGAGACAGAAACCAGGAAGGUUGUUCAGAUGCACUGUAAUUUGGAGUCGAAUGAAGAAGGGACCAAAACUCAUCUUUCUUUGUUUCUGAAGAUGGAUGACAAACUUCAUAGACAGCUUAGCUGUGACAUUCUUCCAACUGACACCUCUAAAGACCUUGCCAGUGAACUCGUUCACUACGCCUUCAUAAAUGAGGAGGACAGUGAGAAGGUAGCAGGAUUCCUGGAGGACGCAAUCAGUCGACACCGGGUCCGAGCGCUCGCCUCUGGGAGCACACAGUGAGGAGGGGUCAUGACAGCGGCUGGCCCUGACAGAGGGGCCUGGCGUUGACUACGCGGAUCGAAAAAAGGGAGUGGGCAGCGGACAGGAUCACACAGCCAGGAAGUGAGAGAGCGAUGGGUGCUGACCCAGCUGGGGAUAAAAAGGGGGAAAAUACAGCAGGAAGCUGGGCUUUGACAGUCAGUAAAUCAUCCCAGAGAGAAGGAGGAAACGUCAGAACUGAGAAAAGAGCCGAAGGCACAGCUGGUUGGAGGGCCAGAGGCUGUGUUUAGCAAUCCCGCAAGGCAGUGGAAGAUUGACAAACUCCCUGCCUAAAAGGGCUAUCAUGCCUUAAGAUAUCUUGUCAGCUUAGGUUUUCCAUAAUGCCACUAUUCAAAAUGGAUAUGUUUUACUUUCAAAUGCAGCAGUUGUGUUUUCAGGACGUUUUAUUCUUCAUAAGCCUUGUUUGCACUCCAGUGUUAACUUUGAUUGGUGAUUAUUUACUUUGACUUGUAAACAAAGGAAUGUCCUCAAACCUCUCUGUCCCUCACAAGCUAGAACCUUCAGUUUCUUAACGUUUUGUGAAUUUAACAAUCCGUCCGACAUGCACUGUUAAUACUCAUUCAGUUGACUUAUUUAUUUCUGUUUAACUGUGAACAAUAGAAGCUUUGCACAGACCUGUUUUUUGGCUUCAUUUUUCAUGACCUGCAAAGUGAACAUGCUUCACUGCACACAUGGAUUAAAGGCUACUCUUCCCAGAGCUAAACACACCAUGCCUCAAUGUUGUGGCAAGCAAUGAGAUGAUGCCUCUCUUCUAGCCUCUAGUGCUCUUAAGGGAUUUCCUUGUGAAAGUGUUCUGAAAGCCAAAGACUUGACAAGUGCCUGAUAUGGCAAUGUACUUUGGACAAAAUUUCCUAAUGAAAUGGCAUCGUACGCAACAAAGCAAUUUGAAAUUUAUCUUAUUCAGGCUGACUUUUCCAGUUUCGAAACCAGAUUUAUUAAUUUUGGCGAGUUCCCACAUCUUAUCAUAAAUUCACAUAGUCAGCCAACAUGCAAUAAUGUUUUCUGCUGCACUCAAAUAGUUUGGAAAGAGUUGCAGCUUGUGUACAAAAAUUGGAAUACAUCACAUGAAGCUUAGGAGGUAAUGUCACAGUCCUUUAUAAAUGGGAAGAAUAAAAAUCAGCAUAUUACUGAUAAAUAUUUCUGCUGUACUUAUUUUUGCGGUAAUUCCCAAAUUAUCUGAGUAUACUUUCUAACACUAAAUUGUUUUAUAAGUACAUCUAGAGGUGUUUUCAAGGAAAAAUCUACCCAAAAAUCAAGAAUGUAUUGUUUUCGAAAUCAGCAAGUGUUAACCUAUGGAAGUUACCAUGGGCUGCAGGGGAAUAAAACAAUCUCUGAUAGAAGAGUGGAAUACUUUGCUUUGAACAUGUUCAUUCCCCAGUAUCACUUCCACUGUAGGACAGCAUUGACUUUGGAACUCACUGCACUGCAGCCCACACAAAUACAAAAAUAGAAUACAUGCCCUCAUCUCUGCCAGAUUUUCUUGUCAAGAACAGAAUCUUGGCACUAUAAUAAAAAGAUACCACUUGGGUGGAUUUUUCCUUAACAAAAUUGGACAGCAAAAAUAAUAGCAGUAAAUUGUCUGAUUGGUCGUCAGCAGUAUACUCUUAUUUGUCAGACUCAGCUCAGCUUCAUUUGUUUGCCGGGGUCGGUAAGGUUGCGAUUUCAUAACAGUUACACUGCUGUACAGUCCUUGCUUACGGUACUUACUUACUCUACUCAGUGUCAAACCUUCUUAUUGGUGUAUCUCUGAAGACAGGAGUCCCAGACUUUCACCUACCAGAGGUUUUGGUGUAUAUAUUUGUUUGUUGCUACUAAAGAGGUUUAGACAAAAUCUCAAUGCCAAGCAAUGCCACUAUUGCUCUCAUUUGAUCUAAUAAGCUGCAUGUCUUAAUAGCCUGCAACCAUUAAAAACUUUGCAUUUUGCCUUUGUCAGUCACAGUUAAGUUCCAGAGAGGACCUGACCAAGAAAAUGAAUGUUUAGACUGUGCAAACAUGAAAACAAAACACCCAUAUCAGUCUUAUUUAAUGUCAUAUGACUUUUCUUCCUGUGAAUCUGUUGAAUGAAACUUGCCUUUGGAUGUGCUCUACUUAAAACCUUUGUUAAAUAUUGUAGCUAUUGCAAUUAAAUAAAUGACAAUAAAAAACGUGUGACAUGUUG